CUGGCAAGAAAGCGGGCCGUGCUCCCUCCUCGGCGGCCCCAGCAGCCCCCGCGUGAGAACGGCCCCCGGCUGCUCCGCUGCGUCCCUGGGAAGUGGUCCCACAACCGGUGUGGCUGCUGUCUCCGCUGCCCUCCCUGGUGAGCGUGGCAUGGGCCUGCCGCGCGUCCUGCAGCGGGUGUCGUCUGCCAGCAGAGGUUGCGGGAGGCAGGGGGCUGCUCAGAGACCCUGCAAGACCCAGCUAGGGUUGCGCUGAUGUAAAGCUCAGCUCUUUGUCAGAGAGGCAGGACACCCGACAGUGAGACGAUGGAGGCCACGGGGCCAGGGCCUGACCCUGCCAGCCCGGGGGCCAGGCGGGCUUAUGCUGGGCAGGAGGUGGCAGUGAAAGAGGAGCCAGGGGAGGAGCUGCACAUCGGAUGCCCGCAAGGCCUGGCAGAGGCAGGGAGGCUGUUGCCCUCCAGUCCCAGAGCAGGGAUCGGGCCAGAGAUGGUGAUCAAGAAGGAGCCGGAGGACAGUUUGUACAGCGCGGGCCCCUGGGGGGACAGCGAUGGGGAGUCCAGCGGGGACAGCACAGACUCCUCUGACACCAAGCCUGACGUGAUUGUGAAGAUGGAGCCGGAGGAGGAGGAGGGGAGGGGCUUCAGCUGCUCCCCAGCCCAGGCCCCAGCCCCUAGUCCUGCUGCCCUGGUUGGCUGCUUGGAGCUGAGUCCCGACAUGCCGAGCAGGAAGGUGGGACAGGAGCCGUGCCGAAAGAGAGCGGAAGAGACUCCUUCCCAGGGCUCCUCCAAGAGGAAGCGCAACGCUGCUCAGUGGGCGCAGACCAGCACCCCUGGGGUUCGGGAUGCGGCCCCGGCCCCGGCGUCUGCACCCGGAGGAUCCGGCGGUGCUGUGGAAAAGCUGGCCUUGCUAGUCUCUGGCGCAGCUGAGGCCCACCGGCGCGCCAAGAGCCAUGCUGCCGAGCGGCCCUUUGCCUGCAGCGUAUGUGGGAAGCGGUUCCAGCACCGGGGCAACCUGGCCACCCACCUGCGGGUGCACACGGGGGAGAAGCCCUUCCCCUGCGCAGAGUGCGGGAAGAGCUUCAGCCAGAAGGGGGACCUGAUGCGCCACCUGCGCACCCACACGGGGGAGAAGCCCUUCGAGUGCACUGUCUGUGGCAAGAGCUUCUGCUCCAAGCAGACCUUUGUCCUCCACCAGCGCACCCACACGGGGGAGAAGCCCUUCGAGUGCACUGUCUGUGGCAAGAGCUUCUGCUCCAAGCAGACCUUUGUCCUCCACCAGCGCACCCACACGGGGGAGAAGCCCUUCGCCUGCGCCGAGUGCGGCAAGGCCUUCAACCGCAAGGCCAACUUUGUCACCCACCAGAAGAUCCACCGGGGCGAGCGGCCCUUCGUCUGCGGGGAGUGUGGCAAGGGCUUCUGCGCCAGGAAGACCUUCCUCCUCCACCAGAAGAUCCACGUGGGGGACCGGCCCUUUGGCUGCUCGGAGUGUGGCAAGAGCUUCAGCCGCAACGGGGACCUUACGCGGCACCAGCGCAUUCACACGGGCGAGCGGCCCUUCGCCUGCGCCGACUGCGGGAAGAGCUUCAGCCACAAUGGGGAGCUGAUCAAGCACCAGCGCAUCCACACUGGGGAGAAGCCCUUCGCCUGCGCCGAGUGCGGGAAGAGCUUCAACCGCAAGGGCACCCUUGUCACCCACCAGCGCAUCCACACGGGGGAGAAGCCCUUCGCCUGCGCCGAGUGCGGGAAGAGCUUCAACCGCAAGGCCACCCUUGUCACCCACCAGCGCAUCCACACGGGGGAGAAGCCCUUCGCCUGCGCCGAGUGCGGGAAGAGCUUCAACCGCAAGGGCACCCUUGUCACCCACCAGCGCAUCCACACGGGCGAGCGGCCCUUCGUCUGCGGCGAGUGUGGCAAGACCUUCAACCUGAAGACCACCCUGAUGAAGCACCGGCGCAUCCACACCGGGGAGCGGCCCUUCGCCUGUCCGGAGUGCGGGAAGAGCUUCAAAUACAAGGGGAACCUGCGGACUCACCACCUGACGCACACGGUGGAGCGCGUGUACCCUUGCACCGAGUGCGGCCUUGUUUUCAGCCAGCGGAAGGAGCUGAAGGGGCACCAGGCGGCGCACACGGGGAGCCGGUUGCUGCCCUGCUACGGGGACGAUGGCGAGGACGUGAACCCCUUCCUCCAGGUGCACCCACUCCUCCUCUCCUGCUCCCCACUCCCCAUGCCCCUGGAGACCCUGGCCACGUUCAAGCAGGGAGCUGGCUGCAGAGGCACUGAACAUGAAGAUGCUUAGGUCCCACGGUCGGACUUGGGGGGCUGGGGGGAGGCACUCUUUAAUUUAUCUCUGGGGCACUGUUUUUGUGGGGAGGAAAGGCUUUUCUGCUCUGGAGGGGUCCCGAGGGCCCUGCCCUGCUCAGGGUGGCAGCCCCUCCCAUGAAGGAAGCCACCCAGGCAGUUUCCAAAUCCUUAGUUUAGCAAACCGUGCACUUGCCAGGGGAGAGUAAGCUGGCGCUGGGUGUCCCUGAGGGGAGGAGGGGUCUUACGGCGGGGAGGGCAACCUGCUACUGUAGCUCGAAACCCAGAUGAGAUUGUAAUGCACUGAAAGUGAGUAAAGCCCCUGCUGUUAUUAGGA